CAACACGUCCGUCACUCCAGCGGAGCCCUCCGUCAAAACACAGUCAAAAUGUUUGUCCGCGCUCUACUCGCCGCGAGUGCGCUCGUGAUAUGCACAGCACGGGAAUCGAACCCGCCUCACAUAGUGCUCAUUAUUGCCGAUGACUUGGGCUGGGAUGAUGUCGGUUUCCACGGAUCGAAUGAGAUCCCGACGCCCAACAUCGACGCUCUGGCGUACGCUGGCGUGGUGCUGCAGCAUCAUUACGUGGCGCCUAUUUGUACGCCUUCGCGCGCAGCACUCAUGACCGGCAAAUACCCCAUACACACUGGAAUGCAGCAUAACGUGAUAUAUGGCGCGGAACCCCGUGGUUUACCGUUGUCGGAGAAGAUUUUGCCUCAAUACUUGCAAGAGCUCGGCUAUAAGACGCAUCUGGUCGGCAAGUGGCACCUUGGCAGCUACAAGAAAGAAUACUUACCGCAGCAUCGAGGGUUUGACACGCAUACGGGAUUCAUCACUGGAAAAAUAGAUAUGUACGAUCAUACCAACGCUGAGCGUGGUAUGUGGGGAUUCGACUUCAGGCGCGAUUCUGCAACAGUUUCCCAUGAUUUAUUCGGAAAGUAUGCGACCGACGUCUACACUGAAGAAGCUGUUAAGCUAAUAAGAAAACACAACAGUUCAGCACCACUAUUCCUUGUGGUAGCGCACUCGGCCGUACACAGUGGGAAUCCAUACGAGCCAAUACGCGCACCUGAGGAUAUUAUUGCUAAAUUCUCUCACAUUAAGGAUCGCCAGCGACAAAAGUUUGGAGGUGUUAUGUGGAAAUUAGAUGAAUCUGUUGGUAAGGUAGUAGAAGCAUUACAGGUCAACGGUCUCCUACAAAAUUCUAUCAUCCUUUUCACUACUGACAACGGAGGGGCUGCGGCAGGGUUCAAUAGCAAUGCCGCUUCCAACUUCCCACUGAGAGGAGUUAAAAACACCUUGUGGGAAGGUGGAGUUCGAGGCGUCUCCGCUCUAUUUAGUCCCAGAUUAGUAAGCAAAUCGCGGAUUGCGAAUCAGCGGCUGCAUAUUUCAGACUGGCUUCCAACAUUGUAUGGUGUCGCAGGUGGAGACAAAAGCAAAUUGGAAAACAUUGAUGGCUUUGAUCAAUGGGAAUCUCUAUCAAACGACUUUAAAUCGAAGAGAUCCUCGAUAGUUCAUAAUAUAGAUCAUGAAUGGAAUAUUGCCGGAAUUACCGUCAAUCAAUGGAAAUUAAUCAGUGGCACAACAUACCAAGGUAAUUGGGACGGCUGGUACAAUUGUAAUCGUCGUGAUGGAGAGUACCAAAUCGAUCUAGUAGAAAAUUCAUAUGCUGGACAAGCCAUAGCAAAGCUCGGACUGAUGCCUGAUAAAAGCAAAAUGAUAACUUUAAGAGACGCAGCAUCAUUGAAAUGUAAAAAUGAUACUGCUCCUAUUAUUUGCAAUCCAUUGAAAGCACCUUGUCUGUUUAAUAUUGAAGAAGACCCGUGUGAAUUCAGAAAUCUGGCUGACUUAAAUCCAGAUAUAUUGCAACAGAUGCUAACAGAACUGAGUGAAGUUAACAGAACAGUUGUGCCACCAAACAACAAACCUAUUGAUGAACGCGGUAAUCCAAAAUAUUGGGGACAGGUUUACUUUAAUUUUGGGGAUUUUGAGUUGAGCAAUCCCGACUCUAUUGACUCGGAAUUAUGUAAAGCAAGAAUUUGAUUGUAACGAAAGAAUUAUCGUGUUAACAUCGCUCAAUUCAACAAUAUUAAGUAAAUGUUUCUAUUCAUGCUGCAUUGAGAUUAAUGAAAAACCUUGAGUAAAACCGAAAAUAAAAACUUUAAUCUUUCAAUUAUUAAGAAAAUCUAGAAUCAAACAAAAGAAACUUAAAUUAAU